GAUCAAGUUUUAAAUAAGGUCGAAUACUCACUAAAUAAUACCGUUUGCCGAGCGACUAAUGAAAUUCCUUCCCGUUUGUUGUUCGGAGUCGAGCAAAAAGGAAUAAUCUGUGACUCAAUACGAGAAGUACUCCAUGCAGAUAUGGAUCGCGAUCUCGAACAAAUUCGAGAUAAGGCUCACACGAGUAUUGAGAAACUACAGCUCGAAAACGCGAAAAAAUAUAAUUUACGAAGAAAACCUGCACGCGAUUAUAAAAUAGGUGACUAUGUAGAAAUCCGGAAUAUAGAGACUACGCCGGGUAUAAACAAAAAACUGUUACCUAAAUUUAAGGGACCAUACAUUGUUAAAAAGAUCUUAGAUCAUGAUCGGUACGUCAUCUCUGAUGUCGAUGGAUUCCAGGUAACACAGCGACCGUACACAGGAGUUGUAGCGCCAGAUCAGAUACGACCUUAUAUCCAUACAUAAUUUGUACUUUUGUUUUAAAGAAAAAAAAGUGUGUUCUGCGAUAUUUUCAUGUAACGAAUUCGACAAAUGUUUAUGUAUUUGCUUUGUUUUGUUUGACCGAGACGGUCAAAAUGUCAGAAUGGCC